AUGUCUACUGAUUCAACUGAAGUUAUUGAUCAGCAAGCUGUAGAAGGCACUUCUGGCCCAACGAAUGACCAAACGUUCCGUCGCAAUGGACGACGUGGAAAAGGAGGCCACCGAGGAAGACAGCCUCAGCGUGCGAAUGGCCGAGGCAAUAGAGAGUUGGAGAGCGAAAACUCUGCAAGAUUGGAUCAAGCUCCUGCGGAACCAGCUAACGAACCAAGGCCCAAAUCCAAGGGUAAUGAGAAUGAAGGCAGCGAAGGUGAAAAGAAAGAGAAUGCAAACGAAUGCCAUAUUUGUGCUGAAAGAAUUGUCUACUAUGCUGUUGAACAGCAAGCUGUAAUCAUCACCAGCGAUCCGGAAAAGCCGUAUCAGGAUUACAAAUUUGCAGAUUUGCCAUAUACCGAUCAUAAACUGAAAUUAUCUUUUGAAAAUAAGGAAAUGUAUGAUGAAACCGAAAAGUUACUCAGAUUCAAUUGCCCUUCACCCAAUUGCGACGCUGAAUGCUGCGACGGCUGGCAGGCAUUAAAAAAGCACGUCAAGAAAGUACACAAUAUGUCGAUGUGCGAUAUAUGUGUUAGCAACAAAAAAGCCUUUGCUCAUGAACACACUCUCUAUACUACUCGCCAGCUUGAGAGACAUUGUAGAGUUGGCGACCAAAAUGUAGUAUCUGGGUUUAAAGGACAUCCCAAAUGCGAGUUUUGUGAAAUAGCAUUUUACGACAGCGAUCAAUUAUAUGUGCACUGCAGAGAUCGUCAUGAAGAAUGUCAUAUAUGCGUGAGGAAUGGAAUCAGACAUGCGUACUAUGAGAAUUAUGAUUUGCUAGAACAACAUUACAAGAAAGAACACUAUUUAUGUCUGGACAAAGAAUGCUUGGCUCGAAAAUUUGUUGUGUUUGCAACAGAUAUUGAUUUAAAAGCGCACGAAAUAGACGUACAUGGAUCGAGCAUCAGUGGGCAGAAAGCUAAAUUUGAAUCACGGCGAAUAGAAAUAAAUUACAUAUAUGAUGAUCAACUUGCUCGAGCGAGGGGUCGACAUAGGGAUCGAGAAAGACAACAGUUAGAUGGCCCUUCCAGACAGACCAGAAACCUAGAAAUCAACCACGCAAGAGCAGGAAACGCGCUGAGAAGCAUCACCCCUGAUGGUAUAAGCAACCCGAUAGACGAACUUUCACCGCCGCCUGCUCGUCCUAAUCAACCUAUUCAAGUACGGGAAGAAGAAUUUCCUACUCUCAGCUCGGUUGUCCGACCAUCCGGCACUGGAAACGCGAACGCGAAUAUUAAUUCUGGCGUAAAAGCACAGACUACCAGUAAAGUAAAUUCUACUAAUAUCGGUAAAGGCAAGCGAAGCGGCAUUAAUGGGCAAGACAGAAGUAAUGAACAAGGUGGAAGCAGUGAACAGGGGGCACCAUUGCCCAACAAUACGGGAUCGUCAUCGAGAGUCUCAUUAGAGUCGAGUGCAAAACGUCAAGAGACUUCUUCAAACUCUGUAUCCGCGAAAAAGAAAGGGAAAGGGAAGGCACCAGUUCAACCAUUAGAAGAUUUCCCAUCUCUUCCAUCGAUUCCAAAACAAAAGUCGCGAGGUUCGAAAAUCAAUAACGCUAACGGUGCCUGGGGGCAGGGAGGAAUGUCUGGAAAUGUAAAUGAUACUAGAAAUAAUGAGCCGUCGGAGAGCAAUAUCAAAAAGAAACCGAAUAAGAAAGUUGUAUUGUUUCGUCUUGGUUAA